CUUUGAAGUAGACAGAUACAAACUCAAAAUGAACAAGUACUUGAUUUUAGCCGUUCUUCUUGUAGGCGCUGUCCUCGUUCAGGGAAAAAGCGUCCAAAAAAAAGAAGAUAAAAAAGAAGACUCAAGCAGUUCUGAAGAAAAUGUCAGAGAAGUAGCCGAAUUAUUGAACAAAAAAUUCAACACUACUCUUCUUCUUGACCUGAUCAAAAUGGCUGACCAAACCAAAGCUAAAUGUCCCGACUUGGAAGAAAAACUUGACGAAAUUUCAGACAAAAUUGAAAAAUGCGUCGACGACAUCGAACUUGGAUCAGAAACUUUCUGCUCUCUCAUCAAAAACAACUUGGGUAAAUGUACCAAACCAGCCAUCGACCUACUUGCCUCAUGUUUACCAGAGGAAUCUAAAGACCUUCCAGUAAUGCUAGAAAAAAUGCUCGUUGCUAUUGUCAAACAAGCUUGUAGUUCUACUGUGGAAGAAGUUUUGGAACUGAUGAAUCCAUGCGCCCUUGAAAAAGACUUCAUUUCUUACCCAGCUUGUAGAGAAAUCAAAACAGUUAUCGAUGAACAUAAAAAUAAACUUCCAUCCAAGUCACUCAUCUGCUCAACCAUCCCUAAGGUAAGGAACUGCGCUAAAGCUCAUAUUGAAGGUUCUUGUCAAAACACAGUCACCAGACAAGCUGCUUUGAAAUUCCACGAUGCCAUCGAUGCUGCCCUUAAAGACGACUGUGAUGCUCUCAACAAAGCCUAAAUAAUUUGUGACAAAGUGCUCAAAAUAAUAAAUAAAAUAUUUUUUUAGUUA